AUGUUAAGCUGGUGGUCAGUUCCUGCCCGCGCCAAUCCUCCCGCGCGGGACCCUGCGCCCCCACCCAAUGCGCCUGCAGCGGCGCCGGCGGAAGGUGCUGAGAAGAGCGACCCUUCCCCUAUUCAGCAGCUGCAGACGCCCCUCCCCCAUCUGCGGCCCGCCAGUCGCCUCUCCGCUGGUCCCUCCCAGGCACUGCCCCUCCCCCCUCCUUCUCUCUCGCUUCCUCCACUCUCCCUUCCUCUGCUCCCCUCUCCUCCUCUCUCCCCUCCUCCUCUCUCCCCGACUCCUCAACCUCCAGCUAUCUCACCACGUGCUGCUCGCACUGCUGAUGCGGCUGCUGCUGCCGAUGCUGCUGCUGCGGGCGCCGCUGGUGGAGCUGGUGCGGGCAGCAGUGAUGGUGUAGGAGCGGACAUGGAUCCAGAAGCACAAGACUCACUGCGACAGCCUCUGCUGCAAGGCGCCACGCUCCCUUCAGAGGCACAGCAGGCGGAGCAACAGCAGCAGCAGGAGCAGCAGGAGGAGCAGGAGCAGAACGAGUUGCAGCGGUGGGCGGCGGCAGUGGGGUGGGGCGAGAUGAUGGGGGCGUACUCUGUACUGCACACAGACGACAACACCGACCUGCACCUCUUCUCCCUGCACGUCACACGCGGGCUAGCCAUCCUGGGCCUGUUGCUCUGUGCAUAUCUGGGCCCGUCCUUUCCUGCCUUUGCUCCCUCGCCCUGGCACGGGUUUUCACUAGCAGACCUGCCGCUGCCUCUGCUGCUCUACACCGUUGGACUCUCCCUCGCCCUCGCUUACACCCAAGUACCCAGCGUGCUGGCAGCGAGCAACAAGGUGUAUAUCCGAUUCUGCAAGAUCUUCUACCUCGGAUACUUCCUCCAAGGGGGCUUCCUGCACCCCAUCGGUGACACCACCUUUGGUGUCUCUCUUGAGAACACCCGCUUCUGUGGCAUGCUGCAGCAAGUGGCAGCAGCGUUGCUGGUGGUGGGGGUGUCGGAGGUAGCAGUGAUGAAGCUAUAUCGAGGGGCGCGGCGACCACCAGGCGUGCACCACCAUGCACUUGGCUUCCUUAUCAACUGUGCAGCGUAUGAGCGGGCCGUGCAGCGUAUGAGCGUGCGGUGCAGCGUAUGUGCGGGCGGUGCAGCGUAUGAGCGGGCGGUGCAGCGUGUGAGCGGGCGGUGUGUGGCGCUGCUGCUGGUGCUGCUAUACGCGUCCCUCUCCUACCUCCUCUUCGUGCCCUCCUACACGGUCUCCACCACCACAAGUAUCCACAGCAACACCACCACCGUCACCACUGCCAUCGCAACAACCACCCCCUCGUCACAUCUCGCGGCGCUGCAUCAGGAUGGUCCGUGGGAAGGUGCAGGGGGGCAGCGGAGAGCGUUGCAGGGUGGCACGGAGGAUGGUGGUGGUAGCUUGGCUGUGCAUUGCGGUGUGAGGGGCAGUUUCGCUCCGGACUGCAAUGCAGCAGGGUACAUUGACCGAGUGCUCAUGGGCCCCACCCACAUGCUUUCCACGGCGCCCUUCCACUCGCUCCCUGAGUGCCAAAGCACGUCGCCGCCCCCCCCUGCGUGGUGCCAAGCACCCUUCGACCCCCAAGGGAUUCUCAGCACGGUGGGGGCGUGUCUGGUGGCCUUUGCAGGGCUGCACCACGGCCACCUCCUCACCUACUUCAAUACUCACUCCUGGCGUAUCUUCCGCUCGCUGCUCUUCGCAGCCGUGCUGCUCGCCACAGGAGUCACGCUGAGCAUGCCAAUGCCCCUGCGCCACUCUUCCCUGCCCUCAUUCCUGCCGGAAUCCAUACUCUCAGGCAUGCCUUUCAAUCCGCAGCUCUUCACCAUCAGCUUUGCAGCAGUUGCUGCUGCAGUUUCCUGCUUCCUCUUCUCCUGCUUCUUCAUCCUCACUGACGUAUACAUGUCCGCGCGCCCAUUCCUCGCGCCCAUAGCAUGGCUGGGGCGAAACCCUCUCUUUGUGCUCGUGCUGGGUGUGUGCCGCCUGCUGGAUCUGCUGCUCGCAGGCUUCUAUGUCAACAACGACCCUGCCAGUAACCUGCUCUCGCUGCCAUACGCAUUUCUUGUUGGUGCACUGGGUAACGAGACUCUUGCCACUGCUGCAGCUACCGUCCUGGGCUGCAUCUUCUGGUGCUUAACUGCAGGGCUCACCGUGCGAUACAAGCACAUCUGGACCUUCUGA